GUCCGCGAGGAUCUGCUGGAGUCGCCGCCGAGCGACUUCCUCCAGACGCUCACCCUGGCCUGGACGGACCACAAGAUCUCCCUGGUGAUCAUGAGGGACAUCCUCUCGCACAUGGAGCGGGUCUACGUGCCGCAGCACGGGGUGGAGGAUGUCUACGGCCUGGGCCUGACCCUCUUCAGGGACCAUGUGAUUAAAUACGGGGAGAUCAAGGAGCAGCUGAAGGAAGCCCUGUCGGACACGGUGGCGAGGGAGCGAAGGGGCGAGGCCGUCGACCGGUCGAUGAUCCGCGACAUCACGACCAUGCUCGCCAUGCUCGGCGGCCACAUCUACAAAAGGGUCUUCGAGGACCCGUUCCUUCAGCAGGCGGUGGAGUUCUACCGAGCGAAGAGUCGGAAUUUCCUGGAAGGGGGGUCGUCCGUCCGCGAGGAGGAGAGUCGGACGAACGUCGAGAAGGAGGGAGCCAUCCAGGAGGCUGAGGACGACUCCAGGUGCGACCACAUGGAGACCAUUGUGGAGGAGGAGAACCAGAGGCCUCCCCUCGAGAGCACCGCCUCCGACAUCCAGCCGUACAUUCGGCACGUGCGAUCCUGGACGGAGAGGGAGGCACGGAGAGCCUCGCGCUACGGCGUGGGAAAAUGCGCCCUCCGCCGCGCCAUGACGGAUGCCCUCAUUUUGGACAACCUGGACGCCAUCGUCGCAGCAACUGUUGCACCGAAGCCACCCUCAUUCCCUGCCUUGCAGCGGGAGAGCCCCGAGAUCGCCCGCAUGCUGCGUGACGGGAGCGCGGAGGAGCUCCGCUCGAGGUACGACCUCCACUCGAGCGUGCCGGAAGGGAGCAACAUCACGGCGAAGUGCGUCUCCGCGUACCUUCGUGAGCGGGGGAGGGCCCUGGUCGCGGAGGCGGAGGGGCCCGUCUCGCACGUCCAGAGCCUCCUGGACCUGAAGCACCAGCUGGACGGCCUCCUCCGGUCCUCCUUCCGCGGCGACCGCGUCGUCGAGCAGGCGGUCGCCCGGGACUUCCACCACCUUCUCGGCCUCGAUCCGCGCUCCGCCGAGAGGCUCUCCCUCUUCAUCGAUCAUGCCAUGAGAGGAGCGCGAGGGAUGACUGAACCGGAAAUCAGGAAGGUGAUGGACGGGACCAUGGCCCUGUUCCGGUUUCUGCCGGAGAAGGACGCGUUCCAGCGGUUCUACGAAAAGCACCUGGCCGAGCGGUUGCUUCUCGAGUCGGUCUCGGAGGAAACCGAGAGGAGCAUGGUCUCCCGUCUCAAGACUGAAUGCGGGAGUCAGUUCACCGCGAAGCUGGAGGGGAUGCUGCAGGGCAUGGCGGUCUCGAAAGCGAUCGCGAAGGAGCUGAAGCACCGCGUCGACGCCGCCGGGGUGAGUGCAUCCCAGUCGAACCUGUUCACAGUGGCUCUUUGGGGGAUUGCAAGCGUGGAUGGUGUGGUCCUCCGUGCAGGACGAUCGGCCGGGGUUGGACCUGACGGCGGGAUUCUGGCCGGCUCGGUCUGUCGCUUGCGAGUGCGCCAUCCCUGUCGAAGCUCUCACAGCCUUCCAGGGAUUCCAUUCUACCUGUCACACCAUUCCGGACGAAAACUGACCCUCCAGCCCCAACUAGGAUCAGCAAAUAUCUACGCCCCGUUUUUCGGACCGAGACGCGAAGACGGUGAGGCCGGGGAUGGAGGGUCCAGCUUUGCCCGUCUCGGCAGUCGACGCCCGUCUCCCGGUUCCGCUUUGUCGUCCGCUAGGCCCGACGGUGGAUCAGUCGGGACGUGGGGGGGCGAGGUGGGGAGGGCGAGGCAUCACGUGAUCCAGAUGUCGACGUUCCAAGUGUGCAUCUUGAUGCUUUUCAAUGAUCGAUCUCGAAUCUCGUAUGCGUCCCUGACACUGGGGAAGGCGACGCAGAGGAUACUGAACAAGAGCCCCAAGACACGAGACAUCGAGCCAAAUGACGUUUUUGCCAUCAAUGACUCCUUCACCUCCAAGCUCUUCCGAGUGGAGAUUCACUCUACGAAGGGGAAAUCAGACCAUAAGAGGAUUGAGAGCAGUUCCCAGGCGGAUGAAGACGAGCAGCAGGAAAUCGAGGCUACGAAUAUCCAUCACGAAUCAUGCAAGAAACCGCCGCACAACCCCCUCACGACGGAGGUUCGUGAGCAACGGAAAGUUCGCCUGCUCCCGAGACCCGUCGCUCUGGAGAAGAGGAUCUAG